AUGACAUCCACGCCUCAGCAAUCUUCUGCCACUCGAUCAAAACCUCCUGCUGCCUCGGCUGCAGGCGCGCAACGUCCACCCUCCGCGACCGGAUCGAAUUUGGCUGCUCAGGGCCGGACCUCGUUUCCGCCCACCGCCAAACACCCUUCUUCUUCCACGCCAAAUGCAUCGGAGCCCAACAACAUGUCUGCAGCAGUUGGAGGCGCUCCGCCCACACACGGUCAUAGCGAGUCUGUGAACGGAAGAAAUCCCACCAUCCCUGCUAUCCCUUCGGUCAAUGGCAGUGUUUCCCUGCCUGAUCACACGCGCAAACAUUCCAUGACAGUCACACCUGCAGGCGCCACAGGUUUCACCGCUAGCGGACGCGGACCAGCCGGCUCUCAGAACAAACCUGGCAUUCAGUUUGGAUCGCUGGACGGGCCCCAUCCCGCGAGCUCUCCUGCCGCAGGCACCCCCCCUUCGUUGGCGCAUGAGAACACGUCGAAUCUCAGCGUCAAUCAGGGAAACCCCCGAGCCACUUCCCCAUCCAGCUCUCCUUCUCCAAUCCCUCAGAUGGCCUCUGUCAGCGGUGGGCGACCUCCAUCGUCAUUCCAAGGACAAGCAAACGGGUUGUCCUUUGGACAGCUUGAUCCCAACGAUCCAAGUGGCCUGUCUCGACCCCUCUCUCAGAUGCAGUUUGGACCACAGCAGGAGCACAUGAGGCGAGGAUCAUCACAAUCCGUCCACAGCGAUGUCGGUGGCACAGGUCUGCCAACGGGUCCCGGCCGUGGCGGAUAUCAGUCUGGUCGUGGAAGAGGCUAUCAUUCCUCCUUCCAGCAGUCUGGGAACCCGUCAUUCCGCCCUCCGACCAACGGCCGCGGAUUGCAAGGUGGUUAUCAGAACAGAGGCCAGCCGAUGCCUUACCAAGGCUCCCCAGCCAUGGCUACUCGAAGCCCAGCACUGGUGAACGCCACUCCUGGAACCCCGAAUAUGCCUCCAAUGCACAUGGUGCCCGGAAUGCAAGGACAACCCAAUGGAUAUUAUAUGGGACCCCAACAUGUAAAGCACCACCACCCGCAAGUUUCUUCUUCCCGUGAUGGCACAAGAGACAGAGGCAAACCUACGAGAGGUCGAAGUCGCGGCAAUCGUCAAGCUGCUCGCGGUCGAGGCCCUGGUAGAGGUGGACACGAGGAAGGACCCUUUUACAGCAAAGAUCCCGCCUCGGACUACUAUCGCCCUGAUCUCGCAAACCCUCCCAUUGUUUCAAACACCCCCAAAGUUUUCCCUUAUCCAGAUCUUUCUCCCGAGAGUGGCAAUUUUGAACAUUUUCUGACUGCGAGAGCACAGGCCUUUGGUAUCCCUACCCAAGCUGAUCCCAGUAUCCAAAUGUUGUAUAAUCAACAAUACUACGGACAACCUGGCCUGCAGGGUCAAUACCCUCCUCAAUAUAUGCCGCCGCAAUCCCCUCGCCCUCCCUAUCAACAGCAUGCCUUUGCGCCAAACAUGCAACACGGUUACAGUAACCAAGGCGCAAUCCCCCCAUCCAUGUCCAGACAAUCCUCUCAGGUGUCUGCCCCUGACCGUCCUGGCUCGAGUGUCGGACAACAACCACAAACACCUGCCCCGUCCGGUGCUUCUCACACCAGCGCCCGCACUCCGAGUUUAUCGGCACAGAAAACCAAUUACAAAAUUCCUCCAAAGACGAGUGCAGCCUUGCUGAUCAAGAACGGCGCUGGCGAGGUGCUCUCCUUUAACAAGCAACCUGCUUCUCCAGCCAGUGCCACCCCAGCCUCGGCUCCCGUGCCUCCUCAGCCCACCCCUACUCCGCCUAGUCGCACCGGCAGUGCAGCCGACAACGCUCAUGGCCGCACGGACAGCGUCAACGCAAAAUCAGCAGAGGAGGCCAAGAAGUCCAUGCUGGAGGCAAUUGCAAAGAAGAUCGCCGAGGAUGAGGCCAAGAUUAAGCGGGAGAAAGAACUCGCUGAGAAGGCGCAGAUGGAGAAGGACCAGACGGAUAAAGCGGCCGCACAGACCGCAGAACGCGAAACCGCUGAGGCCAAAACCAAGGCUGACGCAUUGGAGAAAGAAGCCAAGGAAGCCGAUGCUCGGAAGGCUGCUGAAGAGGCCGAAGCUGCGAAGAAAGCCGAACAGGCUGAAGCUACAAAGAAAGCUGAACAGGCCGAAGCUACAAGGAAAGCUGAAGAGGCUGAAGCCGCGAAGAAGGCUGAAGAGAAUAAGGCCAAAGAGACGCCCGCUCAACCCGCCAAGCCAGAUGAGGAAGAAAUCGACUUUGAUGCCAUCGAAGCUGAAAUGGCCGCUUUGGAAGCAGAGGAAGCCAGGCGCGAGGAGGAAUACAAGAAGAAGAAAGCCGCAGCACUCGAGGCGCAACGAAAGAAGGAGGAAGAAGAAGCCGCAGCUUACGAGGCUAACAUGAAAGAAUUGGAGCGGAAGGCCGAAGAGGCGGAGCUCGCACGAGAGAAGGAGAAGACCGAAAAGGGGGUCGGAGACGAUGCCAGCAAGAAGCUGUUUGCUGAGCUUAAGGCAAACCCCUUCGGUACUCCCGCAUCGGUCGAGAGUCCCGCAGCCCGUACUCCUGCUGAAAGUGGUACGGCCACUCCCGUUUCGGAUGUGUCGAUGCCGCCUCCAGCCAAGGCUCCGGGACGGCGCGGCAAGGCUGCCGAGCUCACUCUGGACACAAAGAAGCCUGUCGAACCACCGGAGCCAAGUGCGACACUGAAAGCCUUGCAGUCAGCCAAGAAGCUGGAUGAUCUCUCCAAGGUCACUUACCCCUCCGAAAUCGCGUCACCGAGUCCGGCGCUCAACGCGAACGCCCCCUCGGAUCGCAAGUUCAAGUACAACAAGGAGUUCUUGCUUCAGUUCCAGAGCGUGUUCAAAGAGAAGCCCACCCUCGACUGGGAUGCACGACUCCGAGAUGCGUUGGGUGACGGAGACUCGUCGGCCCGAGCCAGUGCCUCCGCACGAACCCCUUCGGGCAUGGGUAACCGCAGUACUUCCUCUCGUGGACCUACAGGAUUGACCCAGUUCGCACCCAUGGGCAACUUUGGUGGUGCUGCUCGUACGGCCCUCCCACCUGGCACCACGUCCGAACAACGAUUUGCCGCCUCUAACGCUGCCAUGAGGACCGGUCCUUUGGCGGCAAAUCCCUUUGCUCAAUUUGGUCGUCCUGGUCAAGGAGCUCCUGCCAUGGGACGAACUCCCUCCAACAAUCCUCUCGGCCCCAUUCCUGGAUCCCCACGCGUUGGCGGCGCGAGCCGAGGUGGUUCUCGUGCUGAAAGUAAGAGAGGGAAACAGGGUGGCAAACAUGGUGGUGAGGAUAACAAGUCCAUGCCCCUUACUGCUGGGAUGAACAUCGGCGCACUCGAAACAUCCGCCACUGGAUGGAAACCUCGCAGCGUUGGCCAGGCCGUCGUAUCUGGACCUGCCCUGGGCGGUGAUGGCUUGAUGGAGCCCGAUGUCGUCCAACGUAAAGUCAAGGCCGCGCUCAACAAGAUGACACCCGAGAAAUUUACCAAGAUCUCGGAUCAGAUCUUGGAAAUUGCAGCUCAGUCGAAGCAUGAAAGCGACGGCCGCACCUUGCGCCAGGUCAUUCAGCUCACUUUUGAGAAGGCCACCGACGAAGCCCAUUGGGCUCCGAUGUACGCAGCUUUCUGCAGAAGGAUGUUAGAGAGCAUGAGUGCCGACAUCCGGGAUGAAGGUAUCAAAGACAAGCUCGGAAACGUCGUCACUGGUGGCAAUCUGUUCCGAAAAUACCUGCUUAACCGGUGUCAAGAAGAGUUUGAGCGUGGGUGGAAGGUCAAUCUCCCUCCCCAGCCAGAAGGCCAAUCUGAAGAGGCUGCAAUGCUGUCUGACGAAUACUAUAUUGCCGCAGCAGCCAAGCGACGCGGUCUCGGUCUCGUCAAAUUUAUCGGCGAGUUGUUCAAGUUGUCUAUGUUGACCGAACGCAUCAUGCACGAAUGUGUCAAGAAGCUUGUCGACUAUGAUGGAAUCCCCGAAGAAGCAGAAGUCGAGAGCUUGACAAGUUUGUUGCGCACCGUGGGCAAACAACUCGACAACCCCGAAAGCAAAGCUCAAGGCCGCAUGGAUGUCUACUUUGACCGGAUCAAUUCUAUGAUUGCUCUCCCCGACCUCCCGAGCCGUCUUCGAUUCAUGCUGAUGGACGUGGUCGACCUUCGAACCAAGGGCUGGGUUUCGAAGGAGGACGACAAAGGUCCCAAGACCAUCCAAGAAAUCCGUGAAGAAGCCGAACGCAAAGCACGCGAGGAUGAGCUCAGAAGACUGGCUAGUCAAGGCAACCGAGGCGGGGGUGGCAGGUUGCCCAUGGGCCGUGGUGAUGCUCGGAGCUUCAGCGGCUAUGGAGGACAGAUUCCUCCGCCAGACAACUCCAACCGGGUGGGCACCGACGACCUGCGAAGACUGGGCAAUCGCAGCACGCGCAACCCCAGCCACACUGGCACUGGGUCAUUGGGACCUCCAAGUAUGCUAGGGGGACGCACCAAUAGUGGCCGUCGAGGGCUCGGCCCAGGUGGCCUGCUGAGUCGAGGAGGAGAUGACAGUGCUGCCAGUAGCCGUACCGGCACCCCUCCUGCACAGAAGGAAAAGGAGAAAAAGGAUGAAUCCAGCGUCAAUGCGUUCAGUGCUCUUGCCGCCCUGGAAAAUGAUGUACCCGGCUCGCCGCCGUCCAAUCCCGCAUCGCCUCCUACACAAAAGUCGCAGCCGAACAUCGAACGAGAACGGUCAAGAUCACCGGCCAAAGCGGCCGAGUGA